UCCUGGGUUUCUUGGCUUCCUUGGGCCGAGUAUUGGUAUAAUACUACUUUUCAAAGCACUAUCAAGAUGAGUCCCUAUCAAGCAUUGUAUGGUUCCCCACCUCCUGCAGUACAACAUUAUUUACCAGGGACUAGUUUAGUCCAAGCUGUGGAUCAGUCGCUCAAAACCAGAGAUGAAGUCAUUGCUCAGCUUCGAACCAACAUCUCUUAAGCCCAGAAUCGGAUGAAAACUUAUGCCGAUCGCCACCGCACUGAUCGAGAAUUUAAUAUUGGUGAUUGGGUAUACUUGCGUCUCCAACCGUAUCGGCAAUCUUCUGUUGCUUCUUCUAGCAACCAUAAACUCUCCCCACGUUUCUAUGGUCCUUAUCAAAUUCAGGCUCGUAUUGGCAAAGUGGCGUAUCGUCUUAAGCUGCCCACAUCUGCUAAAAUACAUCCAGUUUUCCAUGUCUCCCUACUUAAGCCCAAACUGGGAACCCACGACAUUCCGUCAUCUGAUUUUCCCACUUUGCCUACGGGUUCAGAUUUUCAAUGGAUUCCUGAAGCCAUUCUUGAUCGUGGACUGUUUAAGCAACAUAAUGCCCCAGUUGUCAAAUGGCUCAUUAAAUGGAUGGGUCUUCCCGAAGCUGACGCCACUUGGGAACCGGCCACCGACAUCCUUGCUCGUUAUCCCUCUUUUCAAGCCUGAGGACAGGCUUAUACUCAAGGGGGGAGGAAUUGAUGAGAUCCUUUGGGCUCUGAUAGCAAUACGCCCCCAUGUGUUGCUCUAUUUUGGGAUCAUCAAUGAAAUAUCCAAUUUUCCUCAUUUCGUUUUGCCUUAUUUACUAUCCUUGCUGCUAUAAGGUUCUAUCACUUUGUCCCAAAGAAGCAAAAGCCCUCGACUUUUUCUAUGAAGACUGAAGAGGUUUUUCUGGCAGAAGAUUUCCUACCACCAUGGAUAGCAGCAGUGAGCCAGUGACCGUCAGUUGUGAAAAUGGUAAGAAAACUUACCCUAGCUGCAAUGGUUUAUCCUAUACCAGGCAAUUUUAUUUGGAUGGUUCAGAUCUAUUUUGAAUGCUGAGAACUGCAUACUUUCUAAAGGCAGAAAAUCAGCUAGGCUUUAAUUCCUGUAAAAAUUGUUCAUCAUCAACCUCUAACAUGAUUCAACUCCGCAAUUUGAAGACCUUCAGAUUGGUUCACUCAAUAUUUUCUUGUACAUUUGCUUCCAAAACAAACAGAGUGUUGGUUGGAGAUCCAAAACCCUCACAUUUUUCUCUUCAGAGUCAGUUGCUCUGCAGACACAUCAGCUCAGAAAUUUCAGAACACCAACACAAUUUCACAGUCACUUACCUCAUAAACACUUGUGGAUUGUCCCCAGAAGGAGCGAUUUUAGCUUCUAAGUGGGUCGAGUUGCAGUCAUCAGAAAGAGCAGACUCCGUUUUAGAGUUUCUGAGAAACUAUGGAGCAUCUCAAACCCAGAUAUCAAAGCUUAUUAGGUCACGUCCAACACUUCUUUCAACUAAUCCUGAGAAAACCCUUUUGCCAAAGCUUGAGUUUUUCAGCUCUCUUGAAAUUUCAAAUGUGGACCUAUUAAAAACUCUGGCUUUUAAUCCACACCUUUUGUUAGUCAGCUUGAGAAAUCGGAUUUUGCCCACUUAUAACUUCCUCAGGAGUAUGCUCUCUGAGAAAAAUGUUGGUGUUGUUUUCAAGCACAACUCAGGGAUUUUCUUGCAAGGUCACUGCAAGCACGUGGUGCCAAAUAUUGGGCUUUUGAGAGAAUCGGGCAUGCCUCAACCAUGCAUUUCUUUUUUGCUAACUCGUGGUACUCGCGUUUUGAUGGUAAAUCCUGAAAAAUUUGGUCAACUUGUGAGUGAGGUUAAGGAAAUGGGAUUUAAUCUGGAAAAAUCAACUUCAGUGAAUGCCCUCCGUGCAUUGUGUGGUCAGAAUAAGUUGGUAUUGAAUAGAAGUCGCGAAGUUCUUAAGACAUGGGGUUGGUCUGAGGAUGAUUUUCUCUCCGCUUUCAGGAAGAACCCGUGGUGUAUGAUUAUCUCGGAGAAGAAACUUAUGCAAGCAAUGGAUCUUUUAGUGAACAAGAUGGGAUGGUCGUCAGGAAUGAUUGCCAAAUAUCCUGUGGCCCUCGGUCUCAGUUUGGAGAGGAGACUUAUCCCAAGGUGCUCAGUUGUUAAAGUUCUGUUGUUGAAAGGUCUCAUAAAUGAGAACUUGAAUCUGGGUUCUCUGGUGAAACCUGCUGAGAAGCAGUUCUUGGAGAUUUUUGUGAACAGAUAUCUUGGCGAAGUACCUGAAUUGUUAAGUGUGUAUCAAGGGAAGGUAGAUAUCCAGGAUGUCUGAUCUGAUAUGUUGAAACGGGGGAGGAUGUAAUUAUUUUAGCCACCUGAUGCUGCAUCACUCAUAUGCAUUAGCUUGCUUUUGGCACAAUACUAUAAUGCUGUCCUCUACCCUAGAAAUUUUGUCUUUAUAGUAAGGUUUAAAUUGUAUCCCACAUCUUACUCAGAUUUUGCAGGAAGUAAAUUCACUUUUUUCGUUCUUCUACUCGGCAGCCUACCUGUUUUUAAUUAGAUUUAUAUAUGCUUUCUUAUUAGAACAAAUGCCUGCCGUAGCGUCGCCAGAAUUGUUCUGUUUAUGGUUCCCAACUUUGGUUACCCUUGAAAGUUGAUUUUGUACAAUGUGCACAUGUAUUGCUUCUAUUAGGGGACAAUGGAUUGUAUUUUGGGUAAGGAGUGGAAGAAACUAAUUUCUGUCCAUUUUUCAAAAGAUAAGAA